AUGGUCGUCGAGAUUGCAAAGGAGGUCGUCCCCUCCAUCGCCAUUAUUGGUGGGGGCCCAUCAGGCCUGGGCCUCGCUGCAUUGUUAGAGGCGUAUGGUGUCAAAGACUACGUUGUGUAUGAGCGGAGCGAUCGAGAAACAAAACCACGUGGAGCAUGCCUCGACUUGCAUCCUGGAAGUGGACAAAAGGUGUUCAAGGAGGUCGGAGCUUUCGACGAGCUGAGGGAAGUAGGCCGCUGGGGCGAAGAAACGAUCCAUUAUAUCUGCAACACCAAGUUAGAUCGAUUAUUCGAGUUUGGUGAAGGACGUGACGCCCCUGAGGUCGAUAGGUACGAUAUGAGGCGUAUUUUGCUGGGUGUGAUCCCAGACGAGAAAGUCCGUUGGCGGUGCGGUGUGGAGAGCUCGAAAAGGGAUGAGAAUGGACAAAUUGUGCUCAAACUCACGAAUGGAAGGAGCGUAUCAGGCUUCAAGUUGAUCAUCGGAGCUGAUGGCGCCUAUAGUCAGAUUAGACAUCUUGUCACACCAGCUAAACUAAGAUACACAGGACAUACAAUUUUCACCACACAGGUCAGCCCGGGCAAUCCACAUUACAAACGUACCGAAGAGACUUUUACUAGAUCUAACAUGGCAAUAUGCGGCAAUUCAAAUCUUAUUUGGAGCGCUCCUCAAGGGGCAGGGAUUUUUCGCUGGGACCUCUGUAUUCCAGUCCCUGAAGAUUUCGAAAGAGAUCUGAGCAACGCGGAGGACAACAAGAAAUUUUUCCUCCAGGACAAAUAUUUUGGAUCCUUUGACCCGGAGAUUCAAGAAGUCAUCAAGCACAGCGAAGGUGACUGGAGGCCAUGGAAACUUUACAUCAUGCCCUCGGACUGCUUCAACUGGAAGUCACAGGCUGAUGUCACGUUGAUUGGGGAUGCGGCACAUGCAACGACGCCAUGGGUAGGAGAUGGCGUCAAUUGUGCGAUGCGGGAUUCGCUGGUCCUGGCGAAGUUGUUACAGGAGCACGGGAUCUCGAAGCAGACUGUGGAAGCAUAUGAGCAGCAAAUGUUCGUCUGGGCAGAAGACCUGAUUCGAAGAAGUAAUUUCAGUGGUGAAAUGUUUCUCGACGAGCAGAACCCAACACGGCUGGUAGAGUUCAUGAAGACAUCGAUGCAUACCUUACUUGGGCAUACAGACAAUGUAUGA